AUGUUCUUAGUAAUGGGAAUCACGGGAAAUGUAGGCGGCGCGACGGCAAGGCAUUUGCUAGCGCAAGGCAAGAAGGUGCGCGCUCUGGUCCGCGACCGCGAGAAGACGGUUGACUGGGCGAACCAGGGCGUGGAACUGGUUGACGGCGACUGGAAUGAUUCGGCAGCCAUCGAGCAAGCGCUCAAGGGCGUCGAAGGCGCCUUCGUCAUGUUGCCUCCUGUCUGGGCGCCGUCGCCUGAUUACAAAGAAGCAAAGGGCGUGAUUGCAAGUUAUGUCGAGGCGCUCGCCAAGGCAGCGCCGCCGCGAGUGGUGGCGCUUUCGUCAAUGGGGGCGGACAGAACCACUGGACACGGGGUGAUCAUGGCCUUGUCGCUUCUGGAGCAAGGUUUUCGCGACCUGAUAUCGCCAAUCGCAUUUGUGCGCGCUGGCGGAUUCUUCGAGAAUUUUCUUUUCGGCUUGCAGGUCGCGCAGAGCGGAACGUUACCGGUCUUCUAUAAUCCGACAAAUCGAAAAUCAACCAUGGUCGCGACGGACGACAUCGGCGCGCAGUUCGCAACCCUUUUGACCGGGCCAGCGUGGUCAGGGCAGCGUUUCAUUGAGAUGGGUUCUAUGGUCACUGCGGAUGAAGUCGUGGCGCAAUUGGGCGAAUUCCUGAAUCUCGACGUGAAAGCCUUGGCAAUCCCACGUGCAGGGUGGGCGCAAGCGUUAGAGCAAUUCGGUAUCCCGAAGGACCGCACCGGACCUGCCGAAGAAAUGUACGAGGCCGUGAAUGCGGGAUGGAUGGACCUCGGUGUGGACGGCACGGAGCACGUAGCGGGGACAACGACCGCACGCGAUGUCUUCGCAGCCGCGCAGAACGCCAUGACGGAG